CAAAAAUGUAUACCAAUMUGGAAAUCUUCAUAAAGAAUCAUGAAGCUCUUGCUCCAAAAAGGUACUCUUAUUCAGAUUUGAAAAAGAUGACUGAAUCCUUCAAAGUCAAAAUAGGCCAAGGAGGUUAUGGUUUUGUGUACCAAGGAGCCUUACACAAUGGUAACUUAGUUGCUGUCAAAAUUCUGAACGAAUUAAACGGAAAUGGACAAGAUUUAGUUAAUGAACUCGCGAGCAUUAGCAAGACAUCUCAUGUUAACAUAGUAAGUCUAUUGGGAUUCUGUUUUGAGGGCCGUCAUCGAGCUUUGAUCUAUGAGUACAUGCCUAACGGAUCCCUAGAGAAAUUCGUUUAUGAUCGAGGUUCAGCAAUAGGUAGCCAACUAGAAUGGGAGAAACUAUACGAAAUUGUAGUUGGCAUUGGUCGAGGAUUAGAGUACUUGCAUCACGGUUGUAACACACAAAUUCUACAUUUUGACAUAAAACCACAUAAUAUUCUCCUAGAUAAAGAUUUUUGUCCUAAGAUAUCUGAUUUUGGGCUCGCUAAGCUAUGUCCUGAAAAAAGAAGUGUCAUUUCUAUGUCGGGUAUGAGAGGGACUCCGGGGUAUAUUGCACCGGAAGUAUUUUCUAGAAACUUUGGAGGGGUUUCUCACAAGUCGGAUGUGUACAGUUACGGGAUGAUGGUAUUAGAAAUGGUKGGAGGGCGAAGGGAUGUUGUGGUUGAAGUUAAUGACACUAGCAACAUGUUCUUCUCCCAUUGGGUAUAUAAACAACUUGUGUCGAACAAAAAUCUUGGAUUGAGCGGGAUUUUGAACGAGGAGGAU